GAGAUGGACUGUACAGGGCUUUUGAUUUUUGUCUUCUUUGGAUUUGGCGUCACUACCUGCUCUGACACGCGCCUGUAUGAGUUCCACUAUGUCAACCUGUCAAUGAACUGGAACGAAGCUCAGCGUUACUGUAGAGAGAAUUACACUGAUCUGGUGACCAUUGAGAGUGCUGAUGACUUAACCAGGUUAAACAGACCGAGUUUGGGCACCUUGUGGUCGUGGAUUGGACUGACUGAUGACCCGAAAUCCUGGAAGGGAGUUAUGGGCAACGAUUCAAACUCCUGGAGAUGGUCAGCAACUGGUACAACGUCAGAAACUGAUUACCAAAACUGGGCCUACAAUGAGCCAACUUUUACUUACGCACGGGAGAAAUGUGUUUAUAUUUUUAAUGGAAAAUGGUUAGACGAUCGCUGUUGGAUUAAAAAACAGUUUGUUUGCUUCAACGAUAAAAAUCCUCCAGGCCACAGAACAUAUACUUUUAUUGCCAAUAAAGUGACUUGGACGGAUGCCCAGAUUUAUUGCAGAACACACUAUACAGGCCUGGCUACGAUUGAGAAUGCUCGGGAAAACGAAGAAGUGAGGUCAAAGAUAUCAGGACAGGCUUGGAUUGGCUUGUACCGAGAACCAUGGAGGUGGUCCGACAAGAGAAGCAGCUACUUCAGAAACUGGAAACAUGGACAUCCAAAUAACAAUGGUGGUGGCAAGCACUGUGCUGCUGAAAGUCCAGGCCACGGUUGGGUUGAUCGCGACUGUAACUCUAAAUUUUCCUUCUGGUGCCGUAAAGACCUGAGGGUGAAGAUGACCAUGGUGAAGAUGAAGAUUCAGACUGUUGCUGACCUUUCAGAUCCUGCUGUUAAUGACCAGAUUCUCCAGCAGAUGUGUGACAAGUUCAAGGCUUCAGGGAUUGACGUCAAACUGAGGUGGGUGACUCGACCCAGGAAAGAAGAGGAAGAGUCCGACAAGUUAAACAGACCGAGUUUGGGCACCUUGUGGUCGUGGAUUGGACUGACUGAUGACCCGAAAUCCUGGAAGGGAGUUAUGGGCAACGAUUCAAACUCCUGGAGAUGGUCAGCAACUGGAUUUGGCGUCACUACCUGCUCUGACACGCGCCUGUAUGAGUUCCACUAUGUCAACCUGUCAAUGAACUGGAACGAAGCUCAGCGUUACUGUAGAGAGAAUUACACUGAUCUGGUGACCAUUGAGAGUGCUGAUGACUUAACCAGGUUAAACAGACCGGGUUUGGGCACCUUGUGGUCGUGGAUUGGACUGACUGAUGACCCGAAAUCCUGGAAGGGAGUUAUGGGCAACGAUUCAAACUCCUGGAGAUGGUCAGCAACUGAUACAAAUCCUCCAGGCCACAGAACGUAUACUUUUAUUACCAAUAAAGUGACUUGGAUGGAUGCCCAGAUUUAUUGCAGAACACACUAUACAGGCCUGGCUACGAUUGAGAAUGCUCGGGAAAACGAAGAAGUGAGGUCAAAGAUAUCAGGACAGGCUUGGAUUGGCUUGUACCGAGAACCAUGGAGGUGGUCCGACAAGAGAAGCAGCUACUUCAGAAACUGGAAACAUGGACAUCCAAAUAACAAUGGUGGUGGCAAGCACUGUGCUGCUGAAAGUCCAGGCCACGGUUGGGUUGAUCGCGACUGUAACUCUAAAUUUUCCUUCUGGUGCCGUAAAGACCUGAGGGUGAAGAUGACCAUGGUGAAGAUGAAGAUUCAGACUGUUGCUGCCCUUUCAGAUCCUGCUGUUAAUGACCAGAUUCUCCAGCAGAUGUGUGACAAGUUCAAGGCUUCAGGGAUUGACGUCAAACUUAGGUGGGUGACUCGACCCAGGAAAGAAGAGGAAGAGUCCGACAAGUCAGUGUGA